AUGGACCUCCCGGUGCUGCUCCCAGCCCCGGCCGCGCGCAGAGCCCAACAUGGCGGCGGCGAGCCCGGCAGGCUCCGCCGGGGCCCGGGGCCUCCGCUCGGCUCGGGCCCCGCGCGCCGCCGCCUGCUGCUGCUGCGGAGCCCCGAAGAUGGCGGUCCUGGGCCGCGGCACGGGGAGGCCCCCGGGCCGAGCCCGCCGCCCGCCGAGGACGGCGGCGACUCCUUCGUGGUGCUGCUGGAGGUGGCGCGCGGGGCCGCCGCCGCCGAGGCUCCCGAGCGCCGGGAGGCCGAGCCCGCCCCCAGCCCCGCCGGAGGACCCGAGCAGGGCCUCGGCGGUGCGGCCGCCGCCCCCGGCGCCGCCCUCGCGGGCACCGUCACCAUCAACAGCCAGGACCUGCUGGUGCGCUUCGACCACGGGGUCUUCACGCUGGCGCCCGCGCCGCCGCCCGCGUCGGGGCCGCCGCCGCCGCCGCUCCGCCCGCCCGCGCCGCCCGGCACGGCGACCGCGCACCCCGCCGAGAAUCGCCGUGGGCCCGCGGGCGCCGGCCCCGGCGCGCCGGGCUACCGCUGCCCCGAGCCGCAGUGCGCGCUGGCCUUCGCCAAGAAGCACCAGCUCAAGGUGCACCUGCUGACGCACGGCGGCCUCCAGGGCCGGCGGCCCUUCAAGUGCCCGCUGGACGGCUGCGGCUGGGCCUUCACCACCUCGUACAAGCUCAAGCGGCACCUUCAGUCGCACGACAAGCUGCGGCCCUUCGGCUGUCCGGUGGGCGGCUGCGGCAAGAAGUUCACCACCGUCUACAACCUCAAGGCGCACAUGAAGGGCCACGAGCAGGAAAGCCUGUUCAAGUGCGAGGUGUGCUGUGAGCGCUUCCCCACGCACGCCAAGCUCAGCUCCCACCAGCGCAGCCACUUCGAGCCCGAGCGCCCGUACAAGUGUGAUUUUCCCGGCUGCGAGAAGACCUUCAUCACGGUGAGCGCCCUGUUCUCCCAUAACCGAGCCCACUUCCGGGAGCAGGAGCUCUUCUCUUGCUCCUUCCCCGGGUGCAGCAAGCAGUACGACAAAGCCUGCCGGCUGAAGAUCCACCUGAGGAGCCACACAGGCGAGAGGCCGUUCGUGUGUGACUCUGACAGCUGUGGCUGGACGUUCACCAGCAUGUCCAAACUCCUAAGGCACAAGAGGAAGCACGAGGACGACCGCAGGUUCACCUGUCCGGUGGAGGGCUGCGGCAAGUCCUUCACGCGCGCCGAGCACCUGAAGGGCCACAGCGUGACGCACCUGGGCACGAAGCCAUUCGCGUGCCCCGUGGAAGGGUGCUGUGCCAGGUUCUCCGCGCGCAGCAGUCUCUACAUCCACUCCAAGAAGCACCUGCAGGACGUGGCCGCUCCGAAAAGCCGCUGCCCGGUCUCCAGCUGCAACCGCCUCUUCACCUCCAAGCACAGCCUGAAGGCGCACGUGGUCAGACAGCAUAGCCGGCGCCAAGAUCUCUUCCCUCAGCUGGCCGCGCCGAGCGCUCUGCCGCCCAGCAGCGAGCUGGCUAACAUAGACCUCGCCGCGCUCUUCUCCGACACCCCCGGCGGCAGUGGCUCGGCAGCUGGGUCGGACGAGGCGCUGAGCUCCGGCAUCCUGACUAUUGACGUCACCUCGGUGAGCUCCUCUCUGGGAGGGGCUGUCCCUGCCAGCAGCAGCUCCUUGGGGCCCAUCGACCCCCUGGUCCUGGUGGCCCACAGUGAUGUUCCUCCGAGCCUGGACAGUCCUCUUGUUCUUGGGACAGCAGCCACGGUCCUCCAGCAAGGCAGCUUCAGUGUGGAGGAAGUGCAGACUGUGAGCUCGGGGGCCCUGGGCUGCCUGGUGGCCCUGCCGGUGAAGAGCUUGAGUCAAGACCCCCCGACCCUGACCGCCAGCAGUACCUUGGCCACGCACGUCGCCGCACCCACCUCUGCAAGUACCUCCCACGAAAAUGCCAGUGCCCCAGAACUUGUGACUCCGAUCAAGGUGGAGCAGGACUCGGCUGCUGGCCCCGCCGGCCUGGGGCCGCCGGAGGGCAGCCUCGGGGCCCCACAGUCUGUGCUCUCCAGCUCAGUGGGGCCGCACAGCGCCCCAAAGGACGCCGAGCUCAGUGUGGGCACUGGCGGCCUCUGUUUGGACGGUGGGGGCCCAGCGAGAACUGAUUGCCGAGCCACUCAACUAGCCAAGGGAAAAAAGGAGGAGCGGGGAGCGGCGCAGGUGAGGCGUGUGUGUGCAGGGCGGGCACAGGAGGGCCGAGGUUCCUGGCGCGGUCAGGAGUAGGAACCACAGGCGGGGAGCUGUCUUGGCCAUUGGUUUCACUCGCACGUUUCAACUCCGUAGAUUUAUGUGUACUUCAGGGAAAAAAAUUUAGUUGGAAUUCUUAGCCUCGUGUGAUGUGAACAUGUUGUAUUUAUUUCCCCCCAAAGAAAAAACUGCAAUUUUGGGGUUCAACACAGGUGUCCGUCACCUGGAAGGCUGCUAAGGGGAAAAAGCAAAGCAGGCUGCGUAUCAGAGAGCAGAGCGGGGACCGGAUGCUGAGUGGCCAUGGCUCGGGCCUGCCCCAGUCUCCCCGGGAGACGUGUCCCUGUGUGUCAUGUGGCAUUGUGGCCCCCAGACCAGACUUAGGUUGGGGUUUUAUUUGAAAAUGUUAACACCUUACUUGAAUUUGUAAAAACACCUGUGGACCCAACAAGAUGGGGUGGCUUGUGGCCCAAGACGUCCCUCCCUCCUGAGAAUGAAACGAGGGGACACAGUGCUACAGCGACUGGUGAACCUUUGGUCCCAGCAGUGGUGAAUUCUCACAAUGUUUUAUUUCUGUGUGUUUCAUUUGUCUUACAGUUACUUAAAAUUUACUUUUAAGAUGUCAAGGGGCAUGUGGCGUAUGAUUUUCUGUCUUCUCUGUUCUAAUAGUCCUACGGCUUCCUACUUACAAUAAAUCAUAACCUCCUACUUUGUGCUAACGGGUUCCUAAAGCACGUUUUUCCCUGGAGCGGCUGUUGAUUGUGGCAGCGUUGACUGUGACGUGGGAAGGGCUCCCUCCACGGCUCUCAAAGCACAGUAGAACCUGUGGAGACGCCGGAAGGAAGUGUGGUGGGAGUGUGCAGAAACUGCCCACACGCCAGACACAUGUCAUGAAUGCCUUUACUGAACCUGUAGGUAAUCUUGAACUUGAAGGGAAAGAAUGCUACAAACAUGUGGGUAUAUGACGUAUGUUACCUUCAUUGCAAUGCGUUGGAGUAAUACCUGCUUUUUUUUUUAUUAAAUUACUUUUAUUAAUGUUUCAGCAGUAUCUUUAAAAAAUAAGG